GCCCACUGAACCCCGAUUAGCCACCAGAGUCUCCUUCACUUCUGCUGCUUUUGUCUGCAAGAGACAUGCUGCACGAAGAUAUCCAGGACCUCCACACCUUCCGCAGUGAUCCAGAUCCACGCAUCGCCCUGAAGCACAGAGCAGCUCCAUAUGAGAGGAACCUCACUGAGGGUACCCGUCCCAGAGUGGUACAUCGGAUUUUCACCAACAGUCGAGAACGAUGGCGCCAGCAGAACGUGAAUGGUGCAUUCGCAGAGCUGCGACGUCUCAUACCCACCCACCCCCCAGACAGGAAGCUCAGCAAGAACGAGAUCCUACGCCUCGCCCUCAGGUACAUCAACUUUCUGGACCAUCUACUGACUGAGCAAGACCUCAGCGGGGCCCCACAGAGCCAGGCUGUGAGGCUGGAGGAAGAGGAGGAGGAAGACAGACUGCAUGGGACGCCAUCACCUAACUCCACCUGCGAGAGUUCAUCAGAGGGAGACUGUGAUGGACUGAUGGGGGAGCAGAGGCAGCUCCAGUACCAGCAGGUACAGCUGAGCAGAUUGAGCAGAGAUCAGCUGAGACUGUUUCAUCACUCCAGAUGUGAAAGCCCCUGCAGCCUGGGGUCAGACUGA